AUGCCGAGCGCAUACGAUAUAUUGAAACUGCUGUCAUUUUCCUGUACUGUGGUGUGGCUAAUCUGCUUCGGUUUAUGGCUUCUCCACUUUCACUUUCCGAGUCAGAAGAUAAGGGAUUUCAAGAAGACGCUGAGACAGACUGAGUACUUGUGGGGCCGAGCAGGCAAGGAAGGACUCCUCGUGGGGACACCGGUUGCAGAUGAGAUAGAAGAAAGACUGGGUCUCGUCCGAUCUGACUAUAACGAUCUUCAUAACCGAGCAUGCCAAGUCAUAACAUCCAUGGACGAGUUACGUGGAAUCUUUUCUGGCCUAUCUAGGGAUAUUUCGCGGGCAUGCAGAGACUGUCAAAACCUCUAUGUUCAUAUAGCCUCGGUAACCCAUCGAGAGAGAGAGAUAAUCCGGCAGCAGGCAAUGCCUUCCUAUCUACCAGUGACUAACGCAGAAGCGCAUUACCCUUCUACGACCGACGAGUAUUCAGUCGGCCGGUAUAGAAUGUUAGUGACCACCCUGUUGCGUAUGAGAAGGAGGUGCCGCGGCGGCGGUACGGUGUUCCGUACAAACAAGAUGUCAACAUACGCCCACAAUUUCAACAUGUUAGAACCUGGUGCUACCUUGGAGCUACUCCAGUUUGAAUAUGCAGAUGCAGGUAGUUCAACGCCCUCUACAAGUGCGUUGUUCGGCGGCGGCUUUGAAGAGGACGAUAGUACGCGAGAGAGCACUCCUGGAGCUGUACAAUUCCAGUUAUCAGAAACAUCAGGAGGUCACCGUGGUGAGGUUCCGUUUGUGAACACCUCGGACUACACUGUUCGCAAUGAGAGUGCCUCCGUGGACCACCUCGCCACUGGAAUCUCCAGCGUCUCAUUCCCUGCUGCGCUGCUUGGCACUCAUGCCCAGCAUGAGUCUAUUCCAGGGCAGCUCAUAGCACCCUCUCUGUCUGCGGUCUCAGGCGCACAGAUCAGUCGAGCAACUGUAUCUCAGGAUCCCAGUCAAGCAGCCAUAUCACAGGAUCCGAACACUUCUCCGUCAUCCGGGGAUUCUCCCUCUCCGGAGGAAAUCGAGGUGCAACAGGAGGAUGAUGACGAGGACGAUGGUCCCACCUGCGACCCUGAUGCAUUUCCACCACCGCAUCUCGUUACCUGCAUGUGGGACGGAGGAUGUGGCGAAGGGAUAUAUAAUACAAGUGCUGGAGGGAUCCAACGCCACCUCCGAGGGUAUCAUGUCCCUGGCGUUUGGCGUCGGCAGCAACCAGGGAGAUGCAAAUGGCAUGUAGACGGGCAACCGUGCAACCGCUACCUGCUGCACGGCAGCUACUCCAGGCACAUUUUGAAGUUCCAUAUUGACCGCAAGAAGCUGUGUCGAAUCUGCCAUCGGAAAAGGCAGAUUGUGUACAAGCAUAAGAAGGACUUUGAAUUUUCUGAUUCCGAUUUUUGA